AGAAAAUAAAAGCAGUCCCAGUUCUGGAACAUGAACUUCCAGUUUCAUGCUGAGAAUCAGCACCAGCUUCUCCUGACAUCACCGGGCUGCCUCUCCUCUCUGCUCCGGCCCGGCCUCCUCUCCGUGUGGGUGGAGUUAACACCCACCGACGCGCUUGUCAAGCUGGUUCCUACACAGUCCAUGAAACGUGCUUUUGCUUGUGUGCUGGUUGUCACCGACUCCGUUGGCUCUGAAGUGUGCGGGGGGACCUGAACGCACCGUCUGCACGCUGUAAGGGAGAAGUGUUGUUUUAACCGGGACUUCCUGCAAACAUCAAACUACAGCGGAUGUAUGAUGCACGCUUCUGUUUAAACCAGAGCUGCGUCUCUUCUGGGAAACUGCGCACGACGCUAAGACUGAAUUUUCUGCACAGAGGCCUCUGGUUUUGUCCCUCCACCUACAAGAUGCACAUGAAUAGCUUGUUAAAUCAGUGGACAGACAUUUCCAGGAUGUGUGAUGUGGACGUGUCCUCAGAGCCCACCAGUCCCACCUUUUAUGGUGAAUCUUCAGACAAGUACUACCAUGUGGACCGCUGGCAGAAGCUUCGUACAGCUGUACGCAAACUGGAGUUCUGGGAGAACUUCACGUCUGAGCUUAUCGGGACUGGAUUUUUCUCCAAAGUCUAUAAGGUGAUGCACAGCACAACUCGGAAGGUGAUGGUCGUGAAGAUCUACAAAAAUGAUGUGGACCAAGACAGCAUUGUACGAGAGAUCAGCCUGCUGCAGAAACUCUCCCACCCAAACAUUGUCAGAUAUCUGGGCAUCUGUGUGAAAGAAGACAAACUAUACCCCAUUUUAGAGUAUGUAAAUGGUGGCUGUCUGGAGGAGCUUCUAGCCAGGAAAGAUGUUCCCCUGUGCUGGAAAGAGAAGGUGGACCUGGCUUGUGAUAUAAGUAGAGGAAUGAUCUACCUGCACUACAAGAACAUUUACCACAGAGAUCUCAACUCUAAGAACUGUUUGAUCCGGGUGACACCUCGAGGUCGGGAGGCCUUGGUGACGGAUUUCGGCCUGGCGAGGGAAGUGGUGGAGCUGCCGGUGAAAGACCCCGGCAGGAAGCUUUCGCUGGUGGGGUCGGCCUUCUGGAUGGCCCCUGAGAUGCUCCGAGGAGAACCAUAUGACCGCAAGGUGGAUGUUUUCUCCUUUGGCAUUGUGCUGUGUGAAAUCUUGGCCAGGAUCCCAGCUGACCCUGAGAUACUCCCCAGAACCCAGGACUACGGGCUGGACGUGAAGGCAUUUAGGGAGCUGGUGACUGACUGUCCUCAGCGGCUCCUGGAGUUAGCAGCCAGCUGUUGCAUGGUGGAGUCUUUCCGACGGCCAGCGUUUACAGAGUUACUGGACGAACUGGGGGAAACCGCUGAGAGUUUGGAGCCACCCCCGAAAUCUGACCCGCCCACAAGCUGAAAGGAGCAUCUGAAAAUCCUGCCAGUCCCUCAUCAGGGAUUAUUAUUGGUCACUGUGUAGACAGGAAGCUGGAAAAACAUUCAUUUUAAAAAGACACAGCAUCCCUCUGCUUCUCAGCUUCAGGGACAACGUAUCUUCACUGAGGUCCAGUAGAUAUUCAGAUGGAGGUGGAAGCUUCUCAUGGACACUUGCUUUGAUAUGUUACUGUACAGAUGAUUGGUAGAUACCCUUAGGGGUGAAUAUACAGAUGUAUUUGUUAUUUUAUGAUGCUCUGCUCUUACUGUUCUUUGUGGGGGUUUGUUUGUAACCAGCGAUGCAGUUUCUGGUCUGUUGAUGAUUUUUUUUUCUAUACCUGUCUGAAAUGAUUCUGCAGAAAUGGAUUAGGAUCUAGCUCUGACAGGAAGUUCUUCACGAAGUGAGGGUGCACUGCUUUCCACUGGAACUUCUUUUCAGGCAUUAGCAUGUGUUUGAAUGGUGUUGAGUGGAUUUUGCUCAAAAAAAAAUCCUGACAGUGAGGUCACAAUAAGUACAUUUUUUUCAUCACAUAUGUCACAAAUUGUUCAAACAUUUCUGGAUUUAUAGGGUCACUCAACAUGUACAUUUUUGGAUUGAAAGGGUCCACAUUCUUUUGAGUUAAGGUUUUGGGCUCAGAUUAUUCAGGCAGCUACAAAACUAAAUUAAUAUGGUUUCUGUCAUUUUUUUUAAUUUAGUCUUUUUCUUUUGUCUUGGAACAAAUGAAAAUAAAGUAUGAGUUGAUGCUCCCUUAGCUAAAAAUAAAGCUUUUAACCUUG